AUGCGUGCCCUUUUGCACAACCAGAAGAAGCAGACUCUAAGCCUCGCCUCAACUCCUCUCCCGACGCCAUCCUCGACGCAGUACUUGAUCAAGUCACACGCCGUGGCCCUGACAGCAGGCGAGCUCCUCUGGCCUCGUCCGGAAGAGCUCACCAUUUCAUCGCCCGGCGUAGAAUUCGUUGCGGAGGUGGUUACUUCUCCAUCAUCUGGCUCCAAGUUCAAGCCGGGAGACGAGGUCUAUGGACGGGUCACUUACCCGCAGGCCGGAGCUGCAAGGCAAUACUCGGUCUCAGACGACAGCGAACUCGCCCUGCGUCCCAAGAAUCUGUCCGUCGACGAGGCAGCCACCAUGCCAGUCGGCGCCCUGACCGCUUGGCAAGCGUUGUUUGAACAGUUUAAACUCACUCCUCCAACCCUGAACUCUGCAAGGGCCCCGAUUGGGCAGCAGCGUAUCCUGAUCACUAACGCUUCUGGCGGCGUCGGAAUCUGGGCCGUCCAACUCGCCAAACUCAUUGGUCUGUACGUGAUCGGCACCACGGGCCCCAACAACAUCGACUUCGUCCGCUCUUUGGGCGCAGAUGAAGUCCUCGACUACCGGACCACGAACAUCCGUUCUUGGGCCGAAGAAGAUUCGGCUACACGCAAGGUGGAUUUCGUCUUCGACUGCACCGGCCUGUCCUCGCUCGACCAGGCGUGGCAUGCGGUCAAGCGAGGCGGGCAGCUCCUGACCAUCGUCCCACCCGCGGACAUGCAGUGGAAGUUUCUCCUGGAUACUCCCGAAGGUGUGGACGAGAGCAUUUCCGGGAAGUUCUUCGUCAUGCAUCCCUCUGGCGAGCAGCUGGGCAGGAUCACCGAGUUGGCCGAACAAGGGCGAGUGCGGCCCGUGGUGGACAGUGUGUUCAAGCUGGACCAGUUUGAGAAUGCAUUUGAACGCUUGGGCAGUGGCAGGACUAGGGGGAAGGUCGUCUUGAGAAUUGAUGACGAGGACUAA